AACUGGCUACAGCGGCCAGACAGCUGCCCUGUGAAACCUUGGACAAUCUUGGACAACCUAGGGCAUCCGUGGAACAGCUCGGCACAUGUUGAUGUCAGAUGGUUUACCCCUCCUCUUGUACAAGAAGUGAGGGUAUUCCAUACGGUCACUUCGGCCUGAACUUUGGUCUUCCUCUUCUAACCUCUCGUCACCUCUCACUCGUCCUUCAUCCAUACUUCCCAAAUACCAAACCUUUUUUUUUUGCCUGUAAUAUCUGUACUACACAUCAACUCUAACGAGUGAUCCUUUCUCAUUUCCUGUUCAAUUCCCACAAUUCGGAUCCUACACCCCACGAACAAGUCAAACCACGCCCUGUCUAGUAUCUAGACGAGACGACGACGACGACUACGACCGCGACAUCGCCAACCUCGACCCGAAAUUCUCACAAUGGCACCACUUACGCCCCAUUGGACCCAGCCGUCCCACCCGGACGUCCAGGAUGUCAUCAAGGCGAGCGAGACAGAGUUCCUCACCAAGAGCUUCUCCAAGGUCUCUCUGCCGCCCUUUGCCGUUUACGCAAAGAUGUCCUUCCCGCCAUGCGACCUGGCCGACGAGCCGACGUAUGCCACUGUUCAGUGCGGCAAGGCCAAGCACUUGAACCUCAACAGUGACCUGCUGUACAUUAACCACUCAUGCGAACCAUCUCUUAUUUUUGACACGGGCAACUUUAAUGUCCUGGCUGGCCCGAAAGGACUUCAGCCCGGCGAUGAACUGACUUUCUUCUACCCCUCCACGGAAUGGCACAUGGCCCAGCCGUUUGACUGCUUCUGCGGCACCCCCUCGUGCCGUGGCACGAUCGGCGGCGCACGCGACAUGGCCCGCGACAAGCUCGAGGGCCUCUGGCUCAACGGCCACAUCCGCGAGCUCCUCGAGGAGCGCGACUCGGGGGCUCGCUCUGAGAACGACGACCCCACGGCCCAGGCGCUGAGAGAUGCCCUCAAGGCCGCCGAGAGCGUCGUCGAGGCAGCCCGCUCCGCGCUGAGGAGCUACACCGAGGCUACUACCGGCAGCAACAGCAACGGAGCCCAGCAGCAGCAGCAACAGCAUCAGCAGACGGCCAAGAACGGCGUCAAUGGCUCAAAGGCCGGUCGCAACGGUGCUAGUGCCAGGGAGUUGGGAGGCGAGCUUGGCGGCGACACGCGCGCUGCGUAGAUGGGAUCGGGCUCAAUGUUCUCUUUUGUAUUCCUAUCCAUCCAUGCCUGUUUCUGAAAAUCAAAACGGUGAUGGGAGGGGGCUGCUGUGACUUUGGCCCGUGACGUGUAGGAGGGACAACUCAACUUGUAUUCUUCGCACUCUUUUCUCUUUUUGCGAUGUUUUCUUUCCUACUUUAUUGAUGCUAAAUUCAACAUGUCGCUUUUUCUUCUUACUGCAAGCACGAGGUUCGAAUGGAGCCUUGAGAUGAGAUGAGAUGGUCGAGUUGAGGAUCGUACAAAAUGAAAUGGGGACACAAAAAACAGAGGGUUAUGUUAGAAGACAUGAGAGGUAGCCAUCAUACAUUAUUAAACCCACAACUAAGUGUCUCAAUCACCGCAAAUGCCACGACUGUAGAA